AUGUCCUCGCCCGAUGACGACGAACCAGAGGUGGCAACUGCUACUGUGGACUCUGGUGAGGUGAACAACAACCUGGUGUCACCCUUGGAAGAGUCGAUCUUUGAAAACCAGUCAAAUGACGACGCUUCAGACUCCUCCGAUGAUGACUCCAUAAUUGAGGCCGACUUGGCGCAGACUAUCUUACACGAAAUUACUGACUCUCAGUACGUGUGUCUUAUCUGUACCGGAGAGAUUGGGCCCGAGCUGCAAAUCUACUCGUGCCAGCACUGUUACCGUGUCUAUGACCUUGAGUGUAUUGCUGGAUGGGCGACUAAGGACUCGGCUGGUGGUACCAAAAAGUGGAGAUGUCCGGCGUGUAACACUGCUUCCACCACUAAGAUCCCCAAACGGUUUACCUGUUGGUGUGGGCGAGUGAAGAACCCUAAAGUCAACGAGUUACAACCGUUCUCUUGUGGGAUGCUUUGUCAAUAUAAGCAACCCAACUGUGUCCACCAGUGUUCGCUGAUGUGCCAUCCUGGUCCUCAUCCCGUGUGCGGGGCUAUGGGUCCCAGCAUGGCCUGUCAUUGUGGUAACCACACUAGGCAAUGGCCGUGUCUCAUGACUCCUUAUCGCCAAGGGUGGAAGUGUGACGAUAUCUGUGAGACAAAGAUCUGUGAUAUGGGCCACACAUGUGGAAAAAAUUGUCAUAAAGGUUUCUGCGGCAAAUGCAAAACGCCAAUUACCGUAGGUUGUUAUUGUGGCAACCAUAAGGAUAUCAAAAUUUCUUGUUCAGCCAAACAGCUACGACGUCGUGCCGAUGGUUCGGUAGCAGGUACCAGCUGUAACGAUACCACCCGCAAAUACUAUGAGUGUGGUAUCCACUAUGAGGACUUACUGUGUGCUCAAGUGCUCGAAUGGACCGACGGUGCCUGUCCUUCUUCCCCAUCAAUGAUCACCACUUGCCCUUGUGGCAAAACCGACGUCAUGGCCACGCGUGUUAAGUGUACUGACCCGUUGCCCACCUGUGAUAACGUUUGUGGUAAACAACUUAGCUGUGGUCACACCUGUCGAGCUCAGUGCCACCAAGGACCGUGUCAGUGUGUGGAUGUGAUUACCUUGAAAUGCCAAUGCCAACGCUCAGAGUACGAUGUCCCCUGUGCGUUUGCUCAGCUGGGAAUGCAACCCAAGUGUCGCCACAAGUGUGACGCUUUGCUCAGUUGUCGCAAACACUACCAUCGCGGCGAGUGCUGUCCUCUGGAGCCGUCAGCAUUGGCCCGCGAAAGAGAGCGGAAAAAGGCUAGUCGCCAAGGGAUCAGAAGCUCUCGCGAUAACGAUAUCAUGACCAUCGAACCCGUACACAUUUGCACUAAGCCAUGUAAUCAGUUGAAACCAUGUGGCAACCACUAUUGCGAAGCCCUUUGUCAUCCUGGUGCUUGUUCCACGUGCUAUGAGCUGACCAGUGAGGAUCUAGUGUGUGCUUGUGGCAAAACGGUGGUGGAAGCACCGGUACGAUGCGGCACUAAACUUCCCCCCUGUCCUCACCCUUGUACUCGUACCAAACCCUGUGGUCAUCGCCCUGAGUUCCAUAAGUGUCACGAGACCAACGACUGUCCCAAGUGUACUUUCCUCAUCGAAAAACCAUGCAAUUGUGGUCUCCACGUCAUGAAAGGAGUGAUGUGUUCUCAGGAACGAGUCAGUUGUGGUACCAUUUGUCGUGCCGAAAAGGAUAAGUGUGGCCACCCCUGUGGUCGUACUUGUAGUCCCGAGUGUACUGUUGGCUCCCACGUCGAUCCACUGCAGUGUCUUUACACUUGCAAUAAGCUCAGACAAACGUGUCCUCACCGGUGUAAAUUGAAGUGCCAUGCUCAGAAGCCUCAGGUACUGGCCGACUGCGACAAAGCCACCUGUGGUGCUCCAGUGACGAUCAGCUGUGGCUGUGGCCGGUUUACUCAACAGGUGAAGUGUGGGGCCAAUGCAACCAACCCGCUGGCGAUCUGGCUGGCCUCGCUUGCCUGUGACGAUAACUGUGCUAAGCACAAACGUGCUCAGGAACUUAAAAAUGCCAUGUUUGGGGGGCAAUCACCUGAGGAGAAUGAUGAUGUAUACUCAUCGUUUGUGUUGGCCACCUAUGCUAAGCAGAAACGGUGGUGUGAUCUUCAAGAAGCGGCAAUCAGAGAGUUUGUUGGCGUUACCAAGAACGCAGACACUACCACUGAAAUUGAGGUUGUUGAAAAUGGUGGCGACGAAAAUGGUGUUGCUGACGUAGCUAACUCAACUUCCGAAGCUACUGAGGAAACGUCUGAUGACUCUGAGUCACCGUUUGUCACCAAAGUCCAUGAGUUUGCUCCGCUGGCAAUCCCACCGCAACGUAAAUUUAUUCGUGAGCUUGCUAAAGCUUAUGGGCUUUACGUAGAGUCCCAUGCUGUGGAAGGCGGUGAGAGUGUGGUCGUAUGUUUGACACCUUCCACUAAGGCUCCUGAAUUGACAAUCGCAGAAGCCAUUGAAAAGCGUGAUGCGGCUCGUGCUGCUGCUGAAGAGCUUAAAAAGCGUCGUGAGGAAGCUCCGUUUAAUGCGGUUAUCGUGCAAGAUGUGUUUUUUGGCAUUUCUCACCAACGCAUCGAACAUGAGCUUGCCGAGCCUGGCGUGUCUUUUGAUUGGAUUAAAGAAUCAACCUGUUUGAUUCGCGGUGAUGAUGACCUCACCGAGGAGCAAUAUUUAGCUCUCAUGAAGAAGAUGCGGACGGUAAUUCGCGACCAAUCGCUUGCAUUUGACGUCAAGAUGGCCUACGUCGAAGACGGUGAAGUGUACAAGAUGGGGGAAAAGCUUCAACCCAAGCCAGUGGAUGAGGACGAAGUUGUUGACGACGAAGAAGAGCUUCAACCAUCUGUUGAAGACACAGAAGAAAAUGCCCUUCCCGUUGAGCAAGCUCCCAAACUCACUGAGGAGGAGGAGGUGGCAGCGGCCAUUGCUGCUGUGGAAGCAUUUAAAUUGGCUGAAUCACAGUCGCCUGAGAUUCCUUAG